GAAUUCGAACCCAAACAUUUUGGGCAGCCAUGCAAAAAGGGAUCACUGGAUGGACGAAGAUUAAAAAUAUCCUAGAAAUUAAGAGUUAAAUCACUUGGGUAUUGUGUAGAGUUAUUUUGUUAGGCUUAUCCUGUAAAAGGUUUGUAAAAAAAAAAAAAAAUUGGCAAUUGGGAUUCAAAAGCAAAUAACCUCAGUGGCAAAUGAAAAGGCCCAACUUGCAUCCCUAGAGGUGUGAAACGAAGAGAUUGGCUCGAAUGAAAUCACCCACCUCCUGGCUGUCCACUCCCACACACGUCCUUAUAAACAGACACCGGCACGCAGCUCAGUGCGCGCAAUUUUUAAACGAGGAAUAGGCCCACCUGUUUUACCUGGAGCAUGGAGUUUUAAUUCCCCCUCUCCCCGAAGGUCGACAUUUUUGUACCGUUGGGAUUUUAGCCAUUAUACUCAAGAAUCCAGAAUAUUUCCGCGACACGCAACUUCUGCAGGAGAGAAAAAAAAUGGCAGACUGGAAGACGCAGGUAACAUAUAAUUACAACCCAUCUUACCGCGCUUACGCCUACGGUCUCGUGUAUCAACCGGAGCCCGAGCAGAACCCCGGGAACCUGACAGGCUGGAGCGAUGGCGGAGUCCCGGACUUGGGCAACUACAGCACGGGGGCAACGCAGAACUACUACGCAGCCACGACCACGUCCAGGACCCGGGAGGAGACCCCUCCUCGCAGCCCGGAGCCCCAUGCCGUGAACGGCCACUGCUACCAGGGCUCCGGGGUGGUCUACUUCGGCGAAGGCCAGCCAAGCCGCCUGGUGCUGGCCGGACAACACCGUGGUCCGUAUGAAGUGGCGGGAAAUGAGGUCGGGCGAACCGGGAGUGAUUCGGCCAGUGACUCUGAGGCACACACCUCACCAGAUUCCUGGAGUUCAAGCAGCAGCCGUGAAAUAAGCCUUCCCCACACAGACCCUGCUACGUGGGCUGAGAAAGAUGUUGAGGAGGAGGCCAUCGGCAGGAGCCCAGUCGGCAGCGAGGAUGUUUCGAGCUCUCACAUUGAAGAGCUGCCUACCGUAGUCACCGAGGCGAACGUGGUGGCCAACAACCCCGGCCAGCUGAAUGUACCGACGGCUGUCCCAAAGAAGCCGAGCACAACUGCUGGGAGUAACCCCCAAGGAAAGGUCCGGGCGGCUUUCUCCGAGAGCCAGAUGAAUGCUCUUGUCCAGCGCUUCAGUGUCCAGAGGUAUCUCACCCCAGCUGAGAUGAAAAAUUUGGCUGAACUGACCGGACUGACCUACAAACAGGUGAAGACCUGGUUUCAGAACAGGAGGAUGAAGCUUAGGAGGCAUCAGAAGGAUACCAGCUGGGUCUCUGAGCGAUAUGCCAUCAAUAAGGACAGCUCCAUCCAAGGAGCCAUGUUCCCCAACAUAGCCUCACACAUCUCACCUUAUCAAGCAGACGGGCGCUCACCGUACGGCCAGCACAUGAUGGAGGCAGCCUUUAAGAAGAAUCCACAGAACCUGGCCUUCUAUCUGGCUACCAUGGGUGGCGCUGGAACGGCCGGCUACCCCCCCUGGCCCUCCAGCUCUCCGCAGGGCGCCGUGCCCAACAGGCCUCAGGUGCCCGGGUGGUCCAUGCCGCCAGGUGGCGGCCACUUUGAAUACAACGCCGGUGCUUACAGCUCGCCUUGUGCCAACACUGUAAACAACUUUGGGCACAACACUGGUUUUGAGAGCAAGGGUGGGGAGUCUGUGGGCAGCCCAACCUCAUUAAACACAGCAGUGGUACACAAUCCGAGGCAGUAGCUGGACCCGUAGCUCGUCUGUGUGUGAAAGCUUAACUGUAAAUGUUAUCCCACAGCCAUGUUCAUGGUUGACCUUAGCCUCUUAAUUAACUAGGCUCUUUUGGGGCUGGGUCUUUGCCUUGUUCUACCGUGUGUUCAAAUGUUUUUUUUUUUUUCUUUUAUCAUGUUUUAUUUUUAUAUGCAACUAUUUAAGUAUUAUGGUCGGUGCUCGGUGAUACACACUGUAUCCAGCUAAAAUUUUACCGACUGACAUGUGCUUUCUUUGCUCCAAUAAAAACUUAUUCAAAGGCUGACCGUGUACAGCAUUUUUGGA